CCUAGACGCGCCGGCUGCUGGCGCAGCCCUUCGCUCGCCCGGCCUCCCCCUCCCUGGUUCCGCGCUCUGGUUCCGCCAUGGAAUCCAACAAGGAUGAAGCCGAGCGCUGUAUUAGCAUCGCCCUUAAGGCCAUCCAGAGCAACCAGCCGGACCGAGCGCUCCGCUUCCUGGAGAAAGCGCAGCGGCUGUACCCGACGCCGCGAGUUCGCGCCCUGAUCGAGUCCCUCAACCAGAAACCACAGCCUGCCAGCGACCAACCCCAAGCCACAGAGGCAACUCACGCGACCCAUAGGAAAGCAGCUGGGGCCAAUGCCCCCUCAGCCAACGGUGAGGCCGGAGGAGGAGAGAGCACCAAAGGCUACACCGCAGAGCAAGUAGCAGCCGUGAAAAGGGUCAAGCAGUGUAAAGAUUACUACGAGAUCCUGGGGGUGAGCAGAGGGGCCUCAGAUGAGGACCUGAAGAAGGCCUACCGCAAACUAGCCCUCAAAUUCCACCCCGACAAGAACCAUGCGCCUGGCGCCACUGAAGCUUUCAAAGCCAUCGGCACAGCGUAUGCGGUACUUAGCAACCCAGAGAAGAGGAAGCAGUAUGACCAGUUCGGUGAUGACAAGGGCCAGGCAGCCCGGCACGGCCACGGGCAUGGGGACUUCCACCGCGGCUUUGAGGCCGACAUCUCCCCUGAAGACCUCUUCAACAUGUUUUUUGGUGGUGGCUUCCCAUCUAGUAACGUCCACGUCUACAGCAAUGGCCGCAUGCGCUACACGUACCAUCAAAGGCAGGACCGCAGGGAGAACCAGGGUGAUGGCGGGCUGGGGGUGUUUGUCCAGCUGAUGCCCAUCCUCAUCCUGAUCCUCGUAUCAGCUCUCAGCCAGCUCAUGGUGUCCAGUCCACCCUACAGUCUGAGCCUCAGACCGUCGGUGGGCCACGUCCACAAGCGAGUCACUGACCACCUGAACGUCGUCUACUAUGUGGCAGACACGUUCUCUGAGGAGUACACAGGCUCCAGCCUCAAAAUGGUUGAACGGAAUGUGGAAGAUGAUUAUAUUGCCAAUCUUCGAAACAACUGUUGGAAGGAGAAGCAGCAAAAGGAAGGCUUGCUGUAUCGGGCCCGCUACUUUGGUGACACAGACAUGUACAACAAAGCACAGAAGAUGGGACCCCAAGCUGUAACCGACUGUCAGAGGUGCAGGCCUCCCUGCAUGGAUAGUCCUGGGCCAGCCGUGCCACCGAGGUCCAAACUAUGAAAUCCCUGGAGAAUGUUUGGUGACAUGCACUGAGCCAAGGUGACGGACUGUACACUUAAGGAAAGACAAAAAAAGAAAAAAAAAAUUAAAGUGGAAUUGGAGGCCGAACGCUGCACAACUGCCCUCUCUCUCACCCAGUAAAUGCAGAAAUCUCUUAGGACAGACAGGAAAACCUGCCACAGGGCUGCUUCCCUUCCUCCCAGGGCUGGCAAAGGCUCGGGCUCCACAUCAGCUCUCUCCUAGGAUACAGAAACCAUGGCAACGAAAGUAGAAUGUAAAACUUGCAGCAAAUGUCUGUGGGAAGGGCUGGGGGAGGGGGCACCCAACUUCCUUUCUUCCCCCCUCCCAGGAGCUACCACCAGUCACCUCAGUGGAAGCAAUCAGAGGUGUUGGCCAAGGAUAAAGAGGACGAGGAAAGAGAACUCUCCAUAGAAUGUAAUUUAUAGAUGCGUGUAUAUGUAUAUAUCUAUUUAUAUGUAAAUAACACAUAUAAAGAUAUAUAGAGAGAGAGUCUACUUUUUGAAACUAUGCAGGGAUUUGGUUAGGUUGUUGAGUUGAUUUCUUCCCUGAUUUAGAAAACGAGGCCUGUUUGGGGAAGGAGCCUUGUCCUUCAUAGCUGACAGCAGAAGGAAAGUUGGGUCACAGCUUCUAACGUUGCCCUCAAGCCCAGCCUGUUUUUGAUGGCAGCAGUAAUCAUGAUAGCAUAAAUCUGUAGAGAACUUGGAAGGCUGCCAACUUCAUGAUUAAACUGGAGGGGAGCAGGCCAUGGGAAAAGAAGGUGCCCCUAGGGUCAGGUGCCAGGUCAGUGUUGCAUCACGGUAGAAACCCCAGAUGGCCUAGGGGGAUGAGCCCACCCACCGUAAGUUUGGUCAGCUCAGGUGGGCACUUUGUCCUGGCGUCCGGGAGCCCCCCUGACCCCCCACCACCGAGAACAGCAGGAUUGGAGAGGGGAAUCAGGUUCAGCCUGACCACCUCCCCGCUUAGUCCCUCCGUGAGUUUUGCCUUAUAGGUGCCCCCGGGCACAGCCCCAUUGUUGCUACUGGUUUUCCCCAAGUCAUGGACCAAGGACUCCAGAGGCUUUUCUUCCAAGAGUCAACCAGGUGGCACCCAGGACCUUGGGUCAGCAGCCGAAUCCUGAAGAAAGUCCAUGACCGUGGGCAUCUCUGUCUCUACCCUCCAAGGACGUGACGCCACCUGGCCUUCUCUUGCACGUUGGACAAAGGAUGAACCAGAAGGUUUUCUUCUCGUCACCUUCAAAUGAGGAUUUUUCUCAAAACAGCAGUUGCUGCCAGGGGAAGGGAGGGAGGUUUUAUUUAUUCCCACAGUUUAUACUGGGCCUUUUGGAAUUACCAUUUUCCCCAAAUUUUCCUCUCGUGGUGGGUGUGUCAUUGAGCCUGCCAUCCUCCGAAGCCUUACUACCCCAAACCAAGCUGCCAGCCAGGAGGGGGUCACCACCCUCCCAGAGCUUCUCUUGGCUCUUUUUUUAAAAGUCUCCCAACAAGUAGGAUUCUUGCUGGGAAAGGAAGCUUGGUGAAGAAAUGUCAAAUAUGGUUUUUAAACAAGGUCCUGCCCUGUGAUGAAGCGGCCGCCCCAGCCCAGAGAGAUGCUCAGAACUGGAUGCGGAUGAGAGCACCCUGCCCGCGGUGGCCCUGGUGCUCUGCCCCCACCACCCCAACCCUCUGGUCUUGGUAGAUGUCCCUAGACGGGCUGAGCCAUGUGCAAUAAGAACAUAGAUCCUGACGGAUCCCCUGAGAAGAUGUAUUUCUUGAAUUAGAAUUCUGAAAUUGUAUAUCUAUAAAUAUAUGUUUAUUAUGUGA